AAUUUAGGAUUUAAAACACACAUAAACUGUCGAAAAUUGUUAAUGUUUAUUGUAUUGAAGUAUAUAUAGAAGUUUUCUGUUUGCUUUAAUACGAUAAAUCUAAUAUUCAUGUGCAUGGAAUAUAUUCAUGAACAGUGAUUUAACAGUGCUUCAUCAAAAAGAUCUUUCUAAAACAAUUGUGAAUUACACAGAUUGUAAAAUCGGUAAUUGACGGUAAACCAACCCUUUACUUGGGUUCCGUAUUGGAUUGAUCAGUGCCCUGCGCCGAAAGUUCGAUUGUUAUUUCAUAAUCGUUUGUGGCAAAACAUAUGUCCUUGUACUGCAUAUCUAUAAUUACGACAUUCUCUGAUUGACAGGAAGUUGGAGACGACCGAUUUUUGGUAUUAAUUAUGAUCAAUAAUUAAUGACUUUCUAUUUGAAUGCUUGCUUUUGAAUGUCCUUAAUUAAAUACAUGGAUAACAGGAUUACAAAUUAUCAAUACAUUGUUAUGUGGGAAAGUGAUAAAUAAUAUUACGAUCGAGGACACUAUCGAUUUUGAUCUUUUUUUGUUUAAUAACCUCGGGCCGUUUGUACAAUAGGUAAAUUUGUUAAACUUUUAUACAAUGACAAUGAAUUCAUUUGAUUUUUUUGGAUUUUGAUAUAAUCACAAGAUAACCAUGUGUUUCGAGUUCCUGAAAAUAUCAUCCACACAAAGUGCACGGAACUCGAGCCAAAAUCCAAAGCGGACAAAAAUGCAAGCAGUUAAAGGAUUAUUUGCUUCAAUAAAAUCCGGAUUUGUCAGCAAAGGAAAAACCAUGGGUAUAAUCCUAGGAAUAUUUAAUCCAGAACUCUCAGACUUCCAGAAGAAGAAAUUGAAGCAUGAAUUCCACGUCUUCUUUGAUUUGAAUAAAGAUGGAAUAUUAGAAUGGAAAGAUUUUGACUUGGCUAGAACGAAAAUCUGUGAUUUGAGUGGAUGGAAAAUCGGUACUGAUAAAUUUCAACAAACAAACGAGCUUUUUAUAACAAUAUGGCGGAGGCUACAAGAUGAAGGAGAUGAAAAUAACGAUGGGAAAAUAAGUAUAGACGAAUGGUUACAAAUGUGGCAGAAUUUUAAUGAGCAGUGUAUCAAACAAUCAAAGAAAGAUAACGAAGAACCACCCGAACGGAAGCUUCCAGAAUGGUUAGAACAGUAUAUAGAAUAUAAAUUUAAUUUGUAUGAUAGAACAGGUGAUGGGAAGGUAGAUGCCGAGGAAUUUGAAUAUGUCUUAUCAGAUUUCGGUGUUCCCCCUAAAGAUGCAAGGUGUGCAUUUCUGAUGUUUUCAUGUAACAACACAAAGAAAGUGGAUUUAGAUUAUUUCAAAGAGUUGUGUAUAGACUAUUAUAGAUCUGAUGAUAUUAGUGCCCUAGGCAACUUCAUCACAGGAAAAUUAGAUUUCAAUGACUAAUGGUUAUAGACAGAAUGACUUUAUUGUGCAAUUGUUACUUCACAUACAGCAAACACACAUGUUCUUCUAAUUGAUUUUGAUACAUCUUGGUGUAUAUUCAAAUUGGCUAUGACUGUAUGAGAUACUUCACAUAUAUUAUACACAUGUUCUUAAAUAAUGAAUUUUCAUACCUCCUGUUGAACAUUAAAACUGUCAGUGACUGUAUGAAAAAUAUUUGAUCAUUAAAUUGUAAAUAUUUUAAA